UAACAACGCCCAUAAGCCCUGCUCUCUAUUCGUAUUUUAAUUGGCUUUAUCGAAUAGACACCCUGUAUUUCGUCAUUCUCGAGGACUUGGAUUGGACUGCACUGUAAGCAACAAACUCGUGUAUGAGUACUUCCUGUUCGGGUAAUUUUUAGGUUAUUUCGGGAUUUUAGCUUUAUGGCUACCGUCCUGUAUGUUUAUGUGACAGAGUGGCUGUAUACUUAACUCGCUUAGAGACAGACAUGUCUAAAGAAAGCCGUGGUGAUGGACGGCGAAGGGGCGGAUUGGGACAGCAUCGUAUGGGGAGUUCAGUAGAAAUGAGGGACAGAGCGGGUAUGAGAUCAGGGCCUGGCGGGGAUGGAAGAGACAGGUCCGGCAGCAACAGCUCGGGAUCAUCCCAUGGAGGUGCUCCUUAUGGAAAAGGGAAACAUGGCUGUGGAAACGCAGGGCCUUUAAAGCCGUCUUUUCAGCGGUCCAAUAGUCAUGAUAAGGUGAGAAGGAUAGUUGCUGAGGAGGGUCGCACAGCUCGAAACCUAAUUGCAUGGAAUGUUCCAUUGGAAAGUAAAGAGGAAGAUGGAAAGGGCAAACAGCAAUCUGGUGGGAAACCAAAGUCUCCAAGGAGUGCACAGGGGACCCUAAAAAUGAUAAAGCAGAACACUACAACUGAAGCUAAAAUUGAGAAGAGCCCAACCAAGUCUAGACAGCCAAGAAAAGUGGAUUUACGAGCUCGCUACUGGGCCUUUCUGUUUGAAAAUCUGAGAAGGGCUGUUGAUGAAAUCUAUGUUACAUGUGAAUCUGAUCAAAGUGUGGUGGAAUGCAAGGAGGUGCUGAUGAUGCUAGACAACUAUGUUCGAGAUUUCAAAGCACUAAUAGACUGGAUAGAGCUGCAAGAAAAAUUGGAGAAAACAGAUGCACAGAACAGGCCUACAUCACUAGCUUGGGAAGUGAGGAAGAUGUCUCCAGGACGGCAUGUCAUUACUAGCCCAUCAGCAGAUAGGAUGAAUGUUACACCUAGUGCACGAAGGAGCUUGAACUUUGGGGGUCCACCUUCGACACUGCCUGCAUCUCGUUUUUCACCUGCAGGUGGAAGCUGGGCAGACAAGGUGAAAGCAAAUCAGGGAGUCUUAUCAACAUCACCAUCUUCAGAAUAUUCCACUGUACAGUCCUUCUCUGGAUCCACUGCAAAGGGCCCCUCUGAAAAAACUGGGCUAAAAGAUGCAGAGGGUUGGGAAACAGUACAGCGUGGGCGGCCUGUCCGGCCAAGGUCUGCAACAAUGAUAAAUAAAUCAGUAGCGAGUGCUGUACAGAUAAGUACAAAAGAUGAUAGUGAUAAAGAAAACUUCCAAAGUGGACCAAUGAAAACACAGCAGAACAGUACCAGACCUGUAGAUAUUAAAAUUGAAGAUGUGGAGAAUAAAUCCAAGAAAACAACAGAUCUGUCUGAGUCCUCUACUGAAGUAAUACAGGUUGACACUUGGACGCAAGAGGAUGCUGUCAACUUGCCCUUACAAAAAAAUACUGUAUAUCAGUCAUCUGUUGAAGUAUCCUUGGUUGCCGCGGAGUCGGUUUGUUCUGCAGAGAUUUUCAAGAUUAGUGUUACUCCAGCAGACUGCAGUGAAGACCAGACAGUAACAGAAAAAACAAAGAUGGAUAACGAAAUAGAUGCUUCAGAACUUUCAAAUUCCAUGGCUGCAGUCUUAGCUAAAAAUGAAGAACUUGCUGAUCGAUUGGAGAAGGCCAACGAGGAAGCUAUUGCAAGUGCCAUAGCAGAAGAAGAGCAGUUAAAUCGGGAAAUUCAAGCAGAAGAAAACAAUGACCUCAAUCUAGAGGCCGAAGAAAGUUUAUUUUCACUGCAGAGAGAAAAGCAACAACAGGCUAGUAUUGGCAGUGGAACUAUGUCAUUUGGUGGUUCCCACAUGGACUGGAGUGACUUACUGGCAGAUUAUGAGGCCCGUGAAUCUUGGCGCCAGAGUACUUCCUGGGGCGAUAUUGUAGAAGAUGAGCCAUCACGUCCACCAGGUCAUGGAAUUCAUAUGCAUGAAAAGCUUUCUUCACCAUCACGCAAAAGAACACUUGCAGAAUCAAAAAAGAAGCAUGAAGAAAAACAACUGAAGGCUCAGCAACUCAGGGAAAAACUGAGAGAAGAAAAAGCACUAAAACUUCAGAAACUGCUGGAGAGGGAAAAAGAAGUACGAAAAUGGAAAGAGGAGCUGCUUGAACAAAGAAGGAAAAUGAUGGAUGAGAAAUUGCUUCAUGCAGAAUUUAAGCGAGAGUUACAGCUGCAAGCAAUUGUUAAAAAAGCUCAAGAAGAAGACGCUAAGGUAAAUGAGAUUGCCUUUAUAAACACACUGGAAGCCCAAAACAAGCGCCAUGAUGCUCUUUCAAAAUUAAAAGAAUAUGAAACCAGAUUAAAUGAGCUGCAGGAAGAACGACUGAAAAGACAAGAGGAGAAGCAGGCCCGUGAUGAGGCUGUGCAGGAACGUAAACGAGUCUUAGAAGCUGAGCGACAGGCCCGUGUAGAAGAGCUUUUGAUGAAGAGGAAAGAGCAGGAAGCUCGAAUUGAACAGCAGAGACAGGAGAAAGAAAAAGCACGAGAAGAUGCAGCAAGGGAACGUGCCAGGGAUCGAGAAGAAAGACUGGCAGCCCUUACUGCCGCACAACAGGAAGCCAUGGAAGAAUUGCAAAAGAAGAUCCAGUUAAAGCAUGAUGAAAGUAUUCGAAGACACAUGGAGCAAAUAGAACAAAGAAAAGAAAAAGCAGCUGAAUUGAGUAGUGGAAGGCACGCUAACCCCGAUUAUGCACCUAAGCUUACACCUUAUGAACGCAAGAAACACUGCUCCUUAUGUAGUAUACAGAUUUCUUCUGAGGUGUACCUCUUCAGUCACAUCAAAGGAAAAAAACACCAGCAAGCUGUAAGAGAAAACAGCAGCAUCCAGGGAAGAGAGCUGUCAGAUGAAGAAGUGGAGCAUCUUUCUUUAAAGAAGUAUAUUGUAGAUAUUGUGACUGACUCCACUAUCCUACCUGAGGCACCAAAGGACGAAGAAGAGAAACAGAAAGCUAGAAAAAAGGCAAAAAAACUGAGAACACGUAUGAAUGCAAGAGCUAAGGAAUAUGAAAACUCUUUGGAUAACAAAAAUCAGAUUCCAGAAUCACCCUAUAAGGCAAAAUUACAGAGGAUAGUCAAAGAUCUUGUGAAACAAAUUCAAGUACAGGAUAGUGGAGUAUGGGCAAACAACAAGAUAUCUGCCUUGGACAGGACACUUGGAGAAACAUGCCGCAUACUGGAAAAACAAAACAGUGCAGAUCAAAUAGCAUUUCAAGCUGCAGGGGGGCUGACAGCUCUUGAGCAGAUUCUUCAGGUAGUUCUGGCUGCAGGGAAUCCAAAUGCUAUCCUGCGUAUCCCUCUGCUUUAUGUCCCAGAUGAAGAUAAGACAAUUUCUGGGAGAAGUGUUAACAAGCAGGUGUUUGAAGGACUGACCAGUGGGCUUCUCCAAAUCAGUACUGCCGUUUUCAGAUGUCUAACCUCAUAUUUUCCUGACGGGAACAAUAAACUUGAAAUGCCCAAUAUAUCUAAGCAGGAUGGGAAAAAUAAACUCUCUCACAUGGAAAUAUUCAAUAACAGAAUUCAAGAUCUAAUCAGCUAUGUGGUGAAUCUUGGGCUGAUAGACAAACUGUAUAGUUGCUUUCUGUCUGUGCAAGGCCCUGUAGAUGAGAAUUCCAAACUGGCUACUUUCUUACAAAAUGCUACAGGCUUACUGUAUGGAAUAUGUCGACUUUGCUAUUCUGUCACUUGCAGGACACGGAGUAUCUUUGAUAACAAACGUCAAGAUCCCGCUGGACUGAUAACAGUGCUUAAGUCAUCAGACCUUGUUGGAACUUUGCACAUGUUGUACUGCAUUUUACUUCAUGGAACAAUGACUGAUCCCAACCCAGCAUGUCCAAAAGAAGGCUUCUCUAAUGUCACUGUUCAAGUCGCUAUCCAGAGUGUUCGGUUUCUCAACAGUUUUGCAGUCCUUGACCUGCUUGCCUUCCAGUCUAUUUUAGGUGCUGAGGGCCUUUCUCUGGCAUUUCGCCAUAUUGUCAGCUCUCUUCUGGGGUACUGUUCAUAUAACACCUGUGAGGACCUGCUUCAUGAAGUCAUUAUCUGCAUUGGAUAUUUCACUGUAAACCACUCAGAUAAUCAGAUGACUGUACAGUCAGGCCGCCACCCUACUGUGUUGCAGAAACUGUGCCAGCUACCCUUCCAAUAUUUCAGUGACCCUCGACUCAUCAAAGUACUUUUCCCUGCUUUAAUAGCAGCUUGCUACAAUAACACUCAGAAUAAGGUCAUCUUGGAGCAAGAGAUGAGCUGUAUUCUUUUAGCCACUUUCAUUCAGGACUGUGCACAAAAUACUGUUCAGAUGGAUCAUAAAACAUCUCGUCCAGAAGAAAAUUUGAACAAUUUGUUUGACUAUCUGGAACUGGCUAAUAGAUUUCCUCGGGAGAUGUGGGAUGAUGCACGCCAGUUUUUUGUGAAGAAAGAAGAGGAUCAUGAGACAUGAUCAAACUUGUUUGAGCAAUAUUUAAUUUUAUGUAUAGUCUGAUGUAUACAUGUAUAUAAUUAUACAUAUUUUCACUGUUAAUACUUUAUGUACCAUUGUUUCCACAUUUUAAAUAUUUGUGUAUUCAUUACCAUAACAUUGUUUAAUUUUUUAAAUGCUUUUUUAUAGCAUACUGUUCACUGUGUAACUAUAAAAAUUGGGUAUAAAUUAUACAUGCAGCAAAUUAAUUUAUUUGUAUUGAUCACUCAUGUUUUAGUUACUGUUGAGUACUGGUAUAGCAGUAUUCUAUAUAUGUAUGUAAUGAACGUAUAUAAAAUAUUCUGUUUAUUAUGUUUUCAAAAAUUUGGUUAGUUUUGGAAAUGAUUAUUUAAAGUAUCUUAAUUUAUCACACAUUAUAACAACUGUCUGAUGUUUUAUUUUACAAAUCCAGCAUAAAUAUUUAUAUGUUUAUAAAGAACUUGACUAUUUGAAGUACAAACAUGGAAAAAUGGAUCUGAAUCUUACUUUUUUAUUAACAUGGAACCCCAAACAAGUAAUUUUAUUUUCAUGGGCAUUAGCUGACAUUCAUUUUUUUUUCUUCCUCUCUGAGCAGCUGGAUUCUUCUUACUUUCUUUUUUUUUACUUAAUUGAACAUUGUCUCAUUUUCCCCAGAUGGUCUGUAAUUUGUUUUCUAAUGUGUUUAUUAAGACAUUGAUGUUAAAGGAAAAGUUUUGAAAAGUUAGUACAUCUUCAAGCUCUGACAGUUUGCUUAAAUCCUUAUCACAGUUAAAUCAUUUAGUGUUUUGGUUGCUUUAUUUUUAUGGUUCACAUUUUCCUUUUCUUGGUAAAUAUAAAGAUCUAAAUGCUGUUGUACA